AUGGGCCAAAACCGCCCCCAAACCGCGACAGAAAAGCGAUUCGCCCGCAUCCGCGGCGACAUCCCCUCCACCGCGCCCCGCAAAGUCUUCCGCCCGCCGCCGCCACCACCGACGACUUCAUCCAAUCCACAAGUCCACCCCGCGGGUGCCCGCGGCAGCACCGCGGCGAGCAAGAAGCGCCGGCGGCCCAGCAAGAAGCUCGUCGCCACCCUCGAGGAGCUCGUCGACGCCCUGCCCGAGGUCGAGGAGCUCGCCCCGGCACCGCCGGCAAGGAUCGUCAAGGGCGAGAUGGAGCGGUUCGGCGAGAGCAUGGCGCGGCUCGUUGCCGGCGGCGGCGCCAAGACCGGGCUCGGGGACGGCGAGGAUACGGCGCGCAAAACGGCCAACCCCGCGGGGAACCGGUGGGCGGCGCUGAGGGGAUACAUCUCGGCGACGGUGGAACAAAACCCCGCCUUUUCGGAGAAGAAGGAGGCAUGA